CUUUGACAGCUAAACUAGCCAGCCUGUGUGUUUGGCAGCGCACUCUAGCUGAGGGUUGACGGGUUUUCUACAGCUAAUUCAGGGACCCACAGAAGACGCUAUGCUGACGUCCUGAGCUGAAGGGAGUCUCGAUUUCGUCCCCUCACUUUCAACCAGUCACCACACACCAACAGCAACCGCCUCCUCCGGCCAAUUCUCCUUUUUUUUUCCCAGUUUUUCUUUCUUUUGCACCCCUCCGUUCCCUCCUGCCCGGCCUGCCGUCAACCAUGACGUCGGAGCUGGAGAGCAGCCUGACCUCCAUGGACUGGCUCCCUCAGCUGACCAUGCAGGCGGCCAUCCGCAAGACCGACGCCCAGAGCGCCCACGGGCCCGGCAUGGGCAAGAAGAGCACCUUACUGGAUCACAACACCACGCUGGAUCAGGAGGAGGUGCAGCAGCACAAGGACGGCAAGCCGCCGUACAGCUACGCCAGCCUCAUCACGUUCGCCAUCAACAGCUCGCCAAAGAAGAAGAUGACGCUGAGCGAGAUCUACCAGUGGAUCUGCGAUAACUUUCCCUACUACAGGGAGGCGGGCAGCGGCUGGAAGAACUCAAUACGGCACAAUCUGUCACUAAACAAAUGUUUCCUCAAAGUGCCUCGCUCCAAAGAUGACCCUGGAAAGGGCUCCUACUGGGCCAUUGACACCAACCCGAAGGAGGACGCUUUGCCGACUCGGCCAAAGAAGAGGCCACGGUCUGGAGAGCGGGCUUCCACACCAUACAGCCUGGAUUCGGAGUCUUUGGGGAUGGACUGUAUGAUCUCUGGAAGUGCCUCUCCAACGCUGGCAAUCAACACUGUGACUAACAAGGUGGCGUUGUACAACACGGACCAGGAAGGUAGCGAUAGUCCGAGAAGCAGCCUUAACAACAGCCUGUCUGAUCAGAGUCUAGCCUCCGUCAAUCUCAACAGUGUGGGCAGCGUUCACAGCUACACGCCGGUGACCAGUCAUCCAGAACCCGUGUCCCAGUCGAUGAGCCUGCAGCAGCCCCCCCAGUCCCAGUACAGCAUAGCAGAGCGGGAAAAGCAGCUCCCCUUCUCAGACUUCGAAAAUCUCAGUGCCUCCUUCCGCAGCCUUUACAAGUCUGUUUUUGAGCAGUCCUUCAGCCAACAAGGUCUGAUGGGCAUGCCGUCGGAUAACUCCCAGCAGACCCACACCUCCUGCUCCUAUCAGCACUCCCCCAGUGGCGCCAUCAACACUCAGAACAGCUUGUCAAACAACCAGCCCAACAACCACCACAACAACCACCCCGUCAACAGCGGCCAAGUCCCCCUGUCCCACCCCGCCCAGGCCCACCCGGGCCACGGCUCCCCCCACGCGCAGCACCUCUCUCAGCACAGCGGCACCCACGGCCAGCACCCUCAGCACUCCCAGCACGCUGCGCACUCCCAGCACGGCCAGCACCCGCAGCAGCAGCAGCAGCAGCAGCACACGGCGCACCCCCCGCAGCACACGCAGCACAGCCAGCACCCCUCCCAACACGGACAGCAGCACCAGAGCCUCUCCCACCAGCAACAGAUGGCCUGCAACACAGGUUUACUGUCCGAGUGGUACCCGAAUCUGGAUGCUCUGAAAGAAAGCUGUCGUAUUGCCAGCAGCUAUAAUUGGGCCGACGUCGACCUUUCUCCUUUCCAAGGUCUAAGAGAAAGCAUGAGACAGGCCGAGCUGAACGACUGGUGCCUUGAACCCACCCAGAUUGCGGACCUCUGCUCGUCCAUCAACCAGUUCUUUGCUCGCACCGGCGUAAUCCAGCAGCAGGGGGCGGUGCAGAGUCCUGUGUGUCACGGCUCCAUGCACACCAACAAACCCAGCCAGCACCUCAACACAGGAAAUCUCUACAUGGACACAAGACAGAGCAUGCCUCCCAUGAUGGGUCCUCCAGGAUAUCCCCACAUGCCCCCCAUGAGCAACACAGGACCCACGAUGACAGGACACCAUGCACAGAUGAACCAGCAGCACAUGAUACCUUCCAGGACCUUCCAGAUGCAUCGCAUGCAAGCCGACGACAUCCAGGACGAUUUUGACUGGGACUCCAUCGUCUAGUUGCUCGACUCUCUUCUCCCCCCUCCUCCCCCCCACCCCCCCACACCUCACCCACCCCUGUUGAAGCAAAUAAAAGCAGAUGGAGGAGGGGAGGCGUAAUCCUGAGGAAGCCAGGCUGAGCUGACGGGCCGGUUUGGCUGUGUGAUGCAGAGGAACGUUUGGAGAAAAAAAAAAAAAAAAAAGCUUUUGGUGGAAAAACAGACUUCAGAGUCCUGACAAUUCUACAAACGGCGAACCAUAACCAGAGAAUUUUACUUUGAAGACAAUCAUGCUUAGUGAGUGAUCACAGACUUGCCUGGAGACGCGUGGAACUCAUUAACAAGUAAACCACAUGGUCCUCAGCUAGCCCUCUCCUCAUACCCGGACGGUCAGCCCUCCAGAGCUGAACCCCUCCCCCUGGUCACCCCCCGCCCCCCCCCCCCCCCCCCCCCCCCCGCCCCCUCUGCUCCGUAACUGUCAUGUGAUUUGAGCGACGUGUUCAGCUUGUAAUUUUUCUCGUUUCGACAUAGGCCUCAGCUGCCUCUAAGAUGACGCUCUCUCUCUCCAACUUUCUCUCUCUCUCUCUGUCGUUUUGUCUGUACAAUGUUUUUGUUUAUUUUAACUCUUGUUUAAUUUUUUUUUUUUUUUUUUUAAGCAAACAUAGGCCGCCUGUCCCCGUUAGGAACGUGACGGCGCUCCUUGGUCACUUCUUGUGGGGGGGAACUGUGCUAUAGAUGAGAUACGGAUACGUCCGGUUUACAAACGCUGAAAAUCCAAACAGGGUGUUUUUGUUUAUUUGAACGGGAGCGGUGGUCGACUCUCUGCGGGUUUGUGUGUUAUGGGAUUACAGCGACGUUAUUCUCAGUUCUCAAACACUUUAAGAUGAAUGCAUUUUAAUGUGGAGGAGAUAAAAUCAGGAAUGUGAUAAAAGUCUUUGAAAUUAAUCUACGUUUUAUAGAAGUUGGGCAUGUUUGGGUUCUCCAGUUAGUUUGUAAAUGAUCCACCUGAUGAAAGCCCUAGGUGUCUCUAUUGUUCAUUAAACAAGAUGCUAACACUCCAAAACUAUUUGUUAAUCUAAAACAUUAGAAUGGGGACGUAAAAAAUCUUAUUAGGAUCAAGAUUACAGUCAGUAUUUGCGUAAACGUGUCCUGGUCGGUCUGUAGGAAGCUGCACAAAUGGCUAGGAAAUGAUUUAAGUAUUUUAAAUAACUAAGUUAGUUUUCUUUCGGACUAAAAAUAUCACCCUAAUAAUACUAUAAAGAGAAAACAUUUAUUAAAAAUAAGAAUGAAGUUACCAUAGAAUGACUUAAAAGAGAAACCAUAUGUUAAAAUAUUGAUUUUAGGCUAAAGCCAGAGUACAAACAUGGGUCUGAAGAAGAAAUUCAGAUGUUUCUGUAGUCUCAGGCAUGUGCUGAAUGAAAUUCUCCCCGUUUUAUAACCUUGUGU